AUGUCAUAUUCUACAAUUAAUCGUCGGUAUUUACAGAUUUUUGAAGGAUUAAUAAUUGAAAUGCGAUUACUUUUAAAUUUUUCAGAUAUUUCACAUUUUGAUGAUAUUCUUUAUCAAAAAAUUAUGGAUGCUAUUAAGCCUCUGAUUAUACUUAAAUUACAAAAAGAACAAAUACAGAAAUCGAAAAAAAAGAAAACAAAAGAUCUAAUUGAAAGAGAUGAAUUCAGUAUUAAUUUGUCCUUUGUUUCUACCAGAAACUAUUAUUUUUUACUAAAAAGGAUUAAUAAAUUUAUAUUUCCUUUAGAAGGAAAAGAUGAAUCUAUUUUUAAAAAUUUUACAGAAGAUCAAGUUAUUAUAGAGUCGGAUAUAGAUAAUUCCCAAUCAUUUACUAAACCUGCACUUUUAACCACUUAUAAAAAUACUUAUUUUAAUUAA